AUGGGCGGCGAUGAGUUGAAAAAGGAAAAGUCACUUCUGUUUUUGUGGAUGGAAGUAAUAGGGGACAAUAUGGUGCCGUUUUUCUGGAUAAUAUCUCCUAAACUCCACGCUGAAGUAACGAACAUGAGGAAGAGAGAAGAAAGGGAAACCUCAAUUCCACCGAAAAAUUUAGCUAAAGUUGUCAGAGAUGAAGGAAACGUCGGUGCAACGAUCGGUAGAUAUUGCAGCAUAGUCAGGGAGCAAAAGCCUGGGGGAUCAAGGCCUUCAGUGGAUGAGAUCACUACUGGCUCCCCAGUUUCUCUUUGUUCAAUCACUUUCAGCGCUCCUAAAGAUUGUUGGAAGAUUGAUGUGCACACUGUUACACAGUCUUCUCCUUCUGCCGGAAUCUCCUUUAUAUACAAUUCUUCACACGGGAAUGAAAUCUCACGUAUCUCAGGGGCUGAAUCAGAUAAUGGACAUUCAAAAUCAUCAUGCAAUGAGCCAGGAACGUCUAAAGUCCUGAAAGAUGUACAUAUAUCAGCACAGUUGAUGGAGGACUUUCUUGAACUUUCCAGAGACAACACUAACAAGGAUCUAGAGACCUGUGGGGUUCUUGGUGCUUUUCUUAAAGAAGGGAUCUUUUAUGUUACCACUCUGAUCAUUCCCAAACAGGAAUCAACUUCAAAUUCCUGUCAAGCUCUGAACGAGGAGGAGAUUUUUGCCAUACAAAAUGAACAGUCGUUGUUUCCUGUAGGAUGGAUCCAUACACAUCCUUCUCAGAGUUGUUUUAUGUCAUCAAUUGAUGUGCACACUCAAUAUUCCUAUCAGAUGAUGGUACCUGAGGCUGUUGCCAUCGUCAUGGCUCCAACUGAUAAAUCAAGGAAGCAUGGAAUAUUCAGGCUAUCUGACCCUGUUGGAAUGAAUAUCCUAAAGGAAUGCCAGGAGAGGGGAUUUCAUACUCAUGAAGAAACAGUUGACGGGAGCUCCAUAUACGAGCAAUGUUCCAAUGUCUACGUUAAUCCGUAUGUGAGAUUAGAAAUAUGUGACUUACGUUGA